AUGGGGCAUGUUCGCAUGCCGGAUAAACCUACGACACGUGGGACCUCAUCAUCAUAUCACAAUAACCCCCCAUAUGCCGGUACUACUACCAACGCCACAUAUGGGGUCUGUCAACACGCCGGCUACUCCUACGACACGUGCGACCUCAACACAAUCACAUAUCACCCCUCAUACGUCGGGACGCACCCGGCCACGUAUGGGGUCUGUCAUCACGCCGGCUACUCCUACGACAUGUGCGACCUCAACACAAUAUCACAUAUCACCCCUCAUACGUCGAGACGCACCCGGCCACGUAUGGGGUCUGUCAACAAGCCAUCUACUCCUACGACACGUGCGACCUCAACAUAA